UAUUAAUAACACCACCAAUGAAUUAAACCUAACGACAAAACCAAUAUCACACGAGAUGGCACCAAAAUAGUACUUUUAUUACUUUGGCCUAAGCACAAAACAGAUGAAAAUAAACAUGAGAAUAUGCACAUAUGUGAGGUUUUGCUGUAGUAAAGAUUCAGAUCUACAAUGCAUUACUGACUUGAGGUCCCUCAGGAAUUCCUGACUGGGUUUUUGUCUGUUGGUUUCCACUCUUCGUGGAUUAACCCUAAUUGACAAAUAUGACUGAUUCCGGUCAGGAGUACAGGGACAAGGGGCUGGACAUAAGUUCGGACACUGCUUGUAUUCAUCCUACGACACACACGUUUUAGGAACAUUGCGAGUUACCAAGGAGUGUAGAAAGAAGUCUAGUGCUUCAAAAGGUACGCGAGGACGACGAAUACAUUCCCAGAAAUGGGUGCCAACUUGACCCUGUGCUGCUGCCACUACUAUCUCAAGUACAACAUUGAUGAGAAAAAGGCAUUUUUGCGCAUACACACUGCCAAAGCUUCCGAAACGUCCAAGACUCCAUUCCAGCUGUCCAGCGAGUCCAGUGAUGGUGACACGGAGCAGCAGCUCGCAAAGAGGCCUCCGUGGCUCACGCAGCAAAACCCGUGGACAAAUAAAUGCUGCGCCUCAUACAGCAGAAGGGAAUCAGACCGAGACCUGCAGACUUUUAUCAGCUUGAGAAAUCAGGUUGACCAGGCUACAGAGGAAUGGGAACAGCUGAAUUAUGACAUCCACACACUCCGCUAUGCCAAACGAGAAGUGAGAGCACGUUGGAAGAAAAUCCUGCUGCAAUUAGGAUAUCAAUCUGAGGUGGACUCCUUGCUAUACGUCAACAAGCAAAGUUACUUAAAUCGGGACCAGGAGAGUCUCACCAGAGCUACUGAACUCUUGACCCAGUUGUUGGAACACACUUCCCUGUUUCCUGCAGGAACAGGACAUCGGACCAGAUACCUCUUUGUUAUGGACCGCUUGGUGUCUCUGGACAGCGCCGAAGACUUUGUCAGACUGGCUGUGGAAAAAUAUCCAAAAGCUUAGAGGCAACAUGGCAGAAACAAAGCACAUAAUUCAUGUUAUUGUAAGCAACAUUAUACUGUUUUGUACUGUAAUCUUUUCUUUUCUAAUCUUUAUUUUGUUACCCAACUGUUUUCUAUUUUUUGCAUUUUAAUUGAUAACCUGAAUAUAGUGAGUCUAGAUAUGAACUUUUACAUUGGGUUGCUAAUGUUAUGCACUGUAGUAAAAUACAAGAGUAAAACAGCAUUUUGGACAAGAAUGUCACGUGUGGGAAGUAGCUGGACCCAAGAGCAGGCGGAGGCUGAUGUAAAAUGAUGAACAGUUUAUUGAGCAAAGGUUAUGGAGGUGGUCCUGGAUGUGUUGGCAGGCUGUGGCGUGGACAGGUGGCAGGCAGUGGACAGAACAGGCGGCUGGCAGGAAUGAGGUGGGUCAGGAACACUGGGAACGAGGAGACAGAGUAGGAGGAGUUGAGUAGCUUACAUGAGUACGGUGGGCCGUGGUACUGCUACGAGAGGCUGCAAUACUUUGGCGAGGAUUUCCGGGAACAGGCAGGCUUAAAUGUAGGUGGUGAUGAGGGUUGAUUGGAGACAGGUGCGUGGCUUGAGGAGAAGCUGAAACAGAGAGGGGAGGGGAGGGGAGAGAGAGAACGAGAGGGCGCCAUCCAGGCUCCAAAACAGUACUGGAGGGCAGUACAUGACAAAGAAUAAAUGUACAGCAUGCAAAAUAAUGCAAAAAUGCAAAAUAAAAUAAGUUUGCUUUCUGGUUCAAGAAUACAAGCACUUGUAGUAUACACAUGUACUAC